UCGGCGCUCACUCUGCUGCCGGCUCUGCAGGAAUCCAGGUGGGCACAUGCCAGCCCCCCUCUGCACCCUACAGGGUGCCAGUCUCCAUGGAUCAGCUCUGCCCCCAGCACAACUCUUCUCCCCGCAGUCCCAGCUGGGGCUGAGCAAGAGGAGGAGGAUGCUGCUGACACAGGUUAUGUGGUUCUCAGCGCUCUGCACCACGGUGUUCGGCUGCCCCACCAUCAUCACCCGCUCCCAGUGGGGGGCCCGGGCCCCAAGAGACAGGGUCCAGCUGAGCACCCCAGUGCCCUACGUCAUCAUCCACCACACGGCAGGGAGUUCCUGCAUCUCACAGGCUUCCUGCAGCCAGCUGGUCAGGGGCAUCCAGAACUACCACAUGGACUCAAAGGGCUGGGCCGACAUUGGCUACAACUUCCUGAUCGGUGAGGACAGCAGAGUCUACGAGGGCAGAGGCUGGAGCACCAUGGGGGCCCACGCAAAAAACUGGAACCAUAAGUCGCUGGGAUUCAGUUUCCUGGGCACCUUCUCCAGCAGAGUCCCCAGCGCUGCCGCCCUGAACAUCGCCCAGGACCUGAUCCAAUGCGCCGUCAACAGGGGCUCCCUAAGCAGCAGCUACACCCUGAAGGGGCAUCGCAACGUGAACCCGACCGAAUGCCCCGGGAAUGCCCUCUACAGGGACAUCACCCAGUGGCCCAGGUUCAAAGCUUGGGGGGCCAGGCAGAAACCGCACCCCAGCAUGAGCCGGCAGAGUGGAAUGGGCUGGGGCCGGCUGCCCACCAUCAUCACCCGCUCCCAGUGUGGGGCCCGGGCCCCAAGAAACAGGGUCCCGCUGAGCACCCCAGUGCCCUACGUCAUCAUCUACCACACGGCAGGGAGUUCCUGCAUCUCACAGGCUUCCUGCAGCCAGCUGGUCAGGAGCAUCCAGAACUACCACAUGGACUCAAACGGCUGGGCCGACAUUGGCUACAACUUCCUGAUCGGUGAGGACGGCAGAGUCUAUGAGGGCAGAGGCUGGAGCACCUGGGGCACCCAUGCCUCCGCCUGGAACGAUAUAUCACUGGGAUUCAGCCUCCUGGGCACCUUCUCCAGUACAGUCCCCAGCGCUGCCGCCCUGAACAUCGCCCAGGACCUGAUCCAAUGCGCCGUCAACAUGGGCUCCCUAAGCAGCAGCUACAUCCUGAAGGGGCAUCGCAACGUGAAGGAGACCGAAUCCCCCGGGGAGGCCCUCUACGUCAUCACCCAGUGGCCCAGGUUCCAAACCUGA